GCCAAUAUUUGACAUUUAGAAUGUAAACAUUAAAAUUUCACAUGUUACGUUGGUAAGCGGUUCACUAUUUGCGGGAUAAGCAUUUGCUCUUAUCUUAAUAGUAAAGUUCUAUUUGAAAAGAAAGAAGUAUGACGAAGGAUUACAGUUCUCGUAAAUUAGAGCGUAAGCAGCGACGGUGUGAGACCAUAAUCUACAAUGACGUGGGGAUUGAAAGUAGUGAGAUGCCUACAUGCUUUCUUGCUAUCUUGAAUGCAGGUCUUUCUACAGGCCUAACAGAAGAAUCCGUUUUAUCUAAUGCAAUCCAAUAUGCCCCGGUGCAACAAGUAAUCAUGUUGCCAAACAAAUCUUAUUGCUUUUUGAAAUGCCAUAAUGUGAACAAUGCGGAGCGCAUUUAUAAUAACAUGCAUGGACGUGCAGGGUUGGAACAACGUGGCGGUGUGGUUUAUUUGUCAUAUUUUAAAAGUUUACCUAUGUGUAAAGAAGAAAAUGUUUGGGCUAAACCGCUUCCUGAAGGGCUCGUACUAUUGCCAAAUUUUUUGACUGAAUCUGAAGAAAAUAUGUUAUUGAAAGCAAUUAAUUUAGAAGAUGUGGAACAAAGUGAUUUAAAACAUAGACGUGUAAAACAUUUUGGUUACCAAUUCAUGUAUGGAGAAAAUAAUGUUGAUCCAACAAAACCGUUAAACGAGAAAAUACCAAACGAAUGUGAUAUACUCUGGCCACGUCUAAAAACUGAAUUGACUAAGCUGGGUCUACCAGCAUGGGAUUGGGAUGUACCGGAUCAAUUGACGGUUAACAUCUAUGAACCCGGCCAGGGUAUACCCCCGCAUGUAGAUACGCAUAGCGCCUUCCUCGACCCAAUUUUUUCAUUAUCACUGUUUGGUGAUGUAGUUAUGGACUUCCGUCGUGGCUCUGAUCGACAGCCACUCAAAUUGUUACGUCGUUCAAUGCUGGUAAUGUCGGGCGCAUCGCGUUAUGACUGGACACACGGUAUUACACCGCGUACACUUGAUAUUGUGCCCUCGGAGACUGGUUUGACAGUGAUGCCGCGCCAAAAACGCAUUUCAUUAACUUUCCGUCGUUUGCGACGAGGUCCGUGCAACUGCACAUUUCCGACCCUUUGUGAUUCGCGCAUAAAUGCACAAAGCAAUUUAGCACCUGUCAUAACCGAUGUGGUAGCUGCACAAUUAGAGGAAAAGAACGUGCACAGCGUUUAUGAUUGUAUUGCGCCGCACUUCAGUGAAACUCGUCACACACCUUGGCCACGCGUUGCUGAAUUUCUGCGUAGCUUUCGAACUGGAUCAGUGUUGCUCGAUAUUGGUUGUGGCAAUGGAAAAUAUCUUCAAUGUAAUAAUAAUGCUUUAACAAUCGGUUGCGAUCGUAGUAGUGGACUUAUUAACGCGUGCAUAGAGCGUGCAAAAAUCAUACGCGAACACAGCUCAAAUUUGCCAAAUGCUUUUCGAUGCGAUUGUUUACACGUACCAGUCCGCAGUCAAACCGUAGAUGGUUGCAUUAGCAUUGCGGUUAUUCAUCAUUUAGCAACCGCAGAGCGGCGUUUGGCUGCUAUACGGGAAAUGGCACGGCUGCUGCGUCUAGGUGGACGUGCGCUUAUCUAUGUUUGGGCGAAGGACCAACGAGCUAAUGAUAAUAAGAAAUCGGCAUACUUACUGCAAAACAAAGCCUUAAACAAAAAAAGGACAACCGUUGAGCAACAGCGACAAUGUGCAGCAGAGGAGGUGCAACAGCAGCAGACAGAACCAUUUGAGCCUUUAAUACCCGGUGCACCGCAACUGCCUGUACACACAAAUCGCACCGAUUUCAUGCAGCAGGAUGUGCUGGUGCCGUGGAAAUUAAAGGGCGCUUUAGUUGCGAAGAAAGAUGUUAAUAACUCUGCGCCUUUAAGUACCUACUUGCGUUACUACCAUGUAUUCGAGUCAGGCGAGCUGGAGGCAAUGUUAGCGCAAGUGCCAGAUGUAGAGUUAGUGCAAAGCUACUAUGAUCAAGGCAAUCAUUGUGUGAUUUUCGAGCGGCACCAGUAAUAAAAUAAACAGUGUAUUUGUAUUUACUAUGUUCCCAUUUAUUUAAUGACAUUUUUAUCUAGUUAUUUUUCCAUGACAGUCCACUAAAACUUAUACAAAUGUUUGUAUUUGUAAGCAAAUAUCGUUAUAAUAAAUUAACAUCUAGACAUUCUGAAA